AGGACAAUAAGGUUGAAGUCAUCUGCAAGUCUGCAACUCUCACGCCGCCGGCCGCGAAAAUCUUGGAAGCCACCAUGGUUCAACCAUCAAAGAAAAGAGCCAGGAAACGAACCGUCCCCACAGACCCAGACCUUGAACGCUUUGAGUCUCUGCCAUGGAACCCUUCUCUUCCUUCUGAUGAAGACCCCUCCUCUCUUCUCGUCGGCUCCAACGAACUUGAAGGAGGGUUUCUCUCGCUUGAGGAGAUUGACGAGUCGGACUACGGUUUUGAAAUUCCCAAGCCUGAGGCAGAGGAUGAGAAGGGUAAAUCUAUGCGGUUAGGGAAGUUGAAGAAACUGAAGCAUAGUGAUGCCCAUGAAUGUUCUAUUGAUGGGGUUGAAGAUGGCAGUGAGGAGAAAGUGGGGAAAGAGAAGGAGGAGGCUGUAAAGAAAGAGAAGAGAAGGAAGAAGAAGAAGAAGUCAAAGAAAGUCGAGAACAAUGCAGAAUCCAUGGCGGUUGAGAUUUGCAAGGACAAUGUUGAAGAAGAGUCAGUUGAUGGAGCCAAUUUUCAUGCAUGGCAUGAGUUAAGACUCCAUCCUCUUCUCAUGAGAUCUAUAUAUAGGCUUGGAUUCAAGGAACCAACACCAAUACAGAAGGCUUGCAUUCCUGCUGCUGCUCAUCAGGGAAAGGAUGUUGUUGGUGCUGCGGAGACAGGGUCAGGAAAAACACUUGCCUUUGGCGUGCCCAUUUUGCAGCGUCUACUUGAGGAGCGAGAAAAAGCUGAAAAGAAGCUUGCAGAAAAUGAGGAUGCAAUGGAAAAAUAUGCUCCAGGAGGCGUCUUACGGGCUCUUAUCAUCACUCCAACUAGGGAGCUUGCACUUCAGGUCUCUGAUCAUCUGAAGGAAGUAGCCAAAGGCACCAACUUUAGGGUGGUUACUAUUGUUGGUGGGAUGUCAACUGAAAAGCAGGAGAGGCUUUUGAAACAACGGCCUGAGAUUAUUGUUGGAACUCCAGGAAGACUAUGGGAGCUUAUGUCCAGAGGAGAAAGCCAUCUUGUUGAGUUACAUUCAUUGUCUUUCUUUGUGCUGGACGAGGCUGAUAGAAUGAUAGAAAAUGGACAUUUCCAUGAGUUGCAGUCCAUAGUUGACAUGCUUCCGACGAUUAGUAGUUCAAAUGAAGGGCCAUCUUCAAAUAUGGAGAAUUGUUUGACAAUUUCAAGCUUCCAAAGAAAGAAAAGGCAAACAUUUGUGUUUUCUGCAACUAUUGCAUUAUCUGCUGAUUUCCGCAAGAAGCUCAAGCGCGGAUCAUUAAAAUCGAAACAGUCAAUGCAUGAUGGACUUAGCUCUAUAGAAACUCUGUCUGAACGAGCAGGCAUGAGAGCAAAUGCUGCCAUCAUUGAUCUGACAAAUGCAUCAAUUAUGGCAAAUAAACUUGAAGAGUCAUUUAUUGAAUGCAGGGAAGAAGAUAAAGAUGCCUAUUUGUAUUAUAUUUUGACUGUUCAUGGACAAGGCCGCACAAUUGUUUUCUGUACAUCUAUUGCAGCUUUACGUCAUAUUUCUUCCCUUCUGCGCAUCCUUAGCGUCAAUGUUUGGACUCUUCAUGCUCAGAUGCAGCAGCGUGCCCGCUUGAAGGCAGUUGAUCAUUUUCGUGGAGAUGAACAUGGUAUACUUGUUGCUACUGAUGUUGCAGCCAGAGGGCUUGAUAUUCAUGGCGUCCGAACUGUUGUUCACUAUCAACUUCCACAUUCUGCAGAAGUUUAUAUCCACAGAAGUGGAAGAACUGCUAGGGCUUCUGCUGAUGGGUGCAGUAUUGCAAUAAUUUCAUCCAAUGAUGGAUCAAAAUUUGCUUCUUUGUGCAAGUCACUUUCAAAGGAUAGUUUCCAGCGAUUCCCUUUAGAUAGCUCAUACAUGCCAGCAGUUUUGAAGCGAUUAUCUCUUGCACGACAAAUAGACAAGAUUCUGCGCAAAGAUUCCCAGGAGAAGGCAAAUAAAAGCUGGUUUGAACGAAAUGCUGAAACAGUGGAGUUAGUUGUGGAGGAUGACAACAGUGAGGAGGAAAAGGUGAACUCUAAUAAAAAGAAGAAAGCCAGCUCUCUCCAGCUAAAGAAGCUGCAGCAGGAGCUCCAUGUUCUGCUUUCACGCCCCUUGCAACCAAAAACAUUCUCACAUCGCUUUUUGGCUGGGGCUGCUGUUUCUCCCCUUCUUCAACACCAAUUUGAGGAAUUAGCUAGGCAGAAAUUAAGCCACAACAUGAGUUCAGAAGAACGCAAAAGAAGUAAAUUAGUAGUUAUAGGUCAGGAUUGUGUUGAACCACUCCAAGCGCUUAGAAGUGCUGGUCAUGAGGUGCACAUGGAUAUAAAAGUGGUUGCAGAAAAGCGGAGAAAUAUGGAAAAUUUAAGAAGGAAAAGGAAAGAGGAGAAAAAACGUCUGCGUGAUCAACGGAGAAAGCAAAGGAAGAGACUUAAAGGAGGAGGUGAUUAUUAGGGAUCCUGAGAGUUCAUAUCCAGCACCCAAAAAGGAAAUGGAAAAAGAAAAAAAAAGAAAAGAAAGAGGAAGAGUGAAACCAGAACAACAGUUUUGAUGUGGGUAUAUUUAACAAAUUAAAUGAAUGACCUGACACUCUAAAAAACUUUGAAGGGUAGCAAUUGAAUAUGUAUUUAUCUUGUUUUAAAA